ACCGCGAGAUCAUGGCCAUAGCAUAACAAAAAUAAAUUUGUGGACAACAAGCCAGAGUACAUGAUGGCGGCGUCGCUGCUACGCCGGGAUAAGAAAGCCACUGCCGCCCAUUUAAAGGCAGACCUCAAUCGGACUGACAAUUGUGCCGGGGCACGGCAACUCCAAGAGCUGCUCGACACGGUACUGAACCCCGAGACACCGGCCACCGACACCGAGGCUCUGGACUGGUGCAAAUGUCUGAUCGCAGGAGGAGACGGAUUCGAUGAGUUCUGCAAGACGGUCCGGUCCUAUGACAACGCCACUCUCUGUGGUCUGGUCUGGACGGCCAAUUUCGUGGCUUACCGAUGCAGGACUUGUGGCAUUUCCCCCUGCAUGUCAUUGUGCGCCGAGUGUUUUAACAACGGCGAUCACACGGGCCAUGAUUUCAACAUGUUCCGGAGCCAGGCCGGCGGGGCCUGUGACUGUGGGGACAGUAAUGUCAUGCGAGAGAGUGGGUUUUGUCGAAGGCAUCGGUUAAAGACCGGGGAGAAUGUGCCAUCCGUCCCAAGGGAGCUCCUCUUGAUGUCAGAGAUGGUCCUCCCUCGAUUCAUCAUCAGCGUCAUUCAGUAUCUACGGGAAGGAUACACUGAGCCAGACUCUGGCAGUGAGCGAGACCUGCAGAAGGUUUUACAGCAGCUGGAGCCACAGAUCUCCUUUCUAGAAGAGCUGACAAAGAUGGGUGGGGCGAUGAGGACCGUUCUGACGAAGAUCCUGACCAAUCAGCAGACGUUCAAAGACCUGAGCAUGGGCCAGGAAGGCAGUCCUUAUGCUAAGCAGAACUAUGAAAAGUACUUGUCAGCGUUGAAGAACUCUGGCCUGGUGUCUGUGGAGGAGAAGGCCCUGCCAGCGUCGGCUGAGUCCCCCGCCGGGGAAGAGGAAGCGACAGGGGCCCUAGCCUCCAGCGGAGCCGCGGCAGCAGGAAGCCCGGAGGAGGCCAGUAAAGAGGAGGAGCCGGACGGGGGGCAGGCACUUGGGCAGAGGAAGAGGGUGAAGCUGAGCAGCACUACCAAAGACUCCUCCAUUAUGGACUCCCUGAAACACAAAUGCUUUCUGGAGGAGCUGCUGUUCUGGACCAUCAAAUAUGAGUUCCCCCAAAAGAUGGUGACCUUCUUGCUAAACAUGUUACCGGAUCAAGACUACAAGAUCACCUUCACCAAGACGUUCGUGCAGCACUACGCCUUCAUCAUGAAGACGCUGAUGAAGAGCCACGAGUCGGACACCAUGUCCAACCGCAUCGUGCACAUCAGCGUGCAGCUGUUCAGCAACGAGGAGCUGGCCCGCCACGUCACCGAGGAGUGCCAGCUGCUGGACGUCAUGGUGACCGUGCUUCUCUACAUGAUGGAGAGCUGUCUGGUCAAGAGCGAGCUGCAAGACGAGGAGAAGAGCCGUCAUGUGGUGGUGAACUGCGGCGAGGCGCUGCUGAAGAACAACACCUACUGGCCGCUGGUCAGCGACUUCAUCAACAUCCUGUCUCACCAGAGCGUGGCCAAGAAGUUCCUGGAGGACCACUCCCUUCUGAUGCUCUGGAUGAGCUUCGUCUCCUUCUUCCAAGGGAUGAACCUGAACAAGAGAGAGAUGAACGAGCACGUGGAGUUCGAGUCCCAGACGUACUACGCAGCCUUCGCGGCUGAACUGGAGGCCUGUGCACAGCCCAUGUGGGGGCUCCUCACACACUGCAAGGUCAAAGAGACUCAAGAAUACACUAAGACGGUGGUGCGCUACUGCCUGGAGGCUCUGCAGCUGUGGUUUGAUGCUAUCGGCUUUGUGGACGAGCCUGCACCAAACCAGGUGACCUUUCACCUGCCCCUACAUCGCUACUACGCCAUGUUCCUCAGCAAGGCGGUGAAGUGCCAAGGCCUUGACCUGGACAGCCUUCUGCCCGACCAGGAGAUGCUGAUGAAGAUCAUGGUUCAUCCAUUACAGAUUCAGGUCCGUCGCCCCCUCAUUCCCCUCAGUCCCCAUGAAAAGUCUCUGUGGUGGAUCCCUUUUGUUUGCCAAGAGCCACGGAAUAUUCGGCAGAUUUCCCACUGUGUGCUCACUGUUGUUGUUGUUGUUGUUGUUGUGGGGUGUCCAGGCAAGCUGUCGGAGAUCCACAGCAACAUGUGGGUCAGGAACGGGCUGCAGAUCAAGGGCCAGGCCAUGACCUACGUGCAGUCGCACUUCUGCAACUCCAUGAUCGACCCCGACAUCUACCUGCUGCAGGUUUGCGCAUCAAGGCUGGAUCCUGAUUACUUCAUCUCAUCUGUGUUUGAGAGGUUCAAAGUGGUGGACCUGCUCACCAUGGCGUCCGUGCACCAGAACGCCCUGCUGGACUCAGAGCAGGAGAGGCCGAUGCUGGAGGGCGCCCUGACCUUCCUGGUCAUCCUCACCAGUCUCCGCCUCCACCUGGGGAUGACGGACGACGAGAUCCUCCGCUCCGAGAUGGUGUCGCAGCUCUGCAUGAACGACCGCACCCACAGCUCGCUGCCGCUAAGAUCCCCGAGAACCCCCAACCCCAAGAGCGGCAUCGUGCCGGGGAGCUGCAGCUUCGAGGAGAUGCUCUCGGCGGUGGCGGACUUCAAGGCCCCCGUGUUCGAGCCCGGAGGCUCCAUGCAGCAGGGCAUGUACACCCCUAAAGCGGAGGUGUGGGAGAAGGAGUUUGACCCCAUCAUGGUGGUGCUCCGAACGGUCUACCGACGAGACGUCCAGUCGGCAAUGGACCGAUACGCAGCUUUUUUGAAGCAGUCUGGGAUUCACACCGGCAACCCCUGGCCCCCUUACAAGGAGAGGAGUCCCCUGCACCCGAGCUACAAGGGCCUGGUCCAGCUUCUGCACUGCAAGACCCUGCACAUCGUCAUAUUCACGCUCCUCUACAAGAUCUGGAUGGACCACCAGAACAUGUCUGAGCACGUGCUCUGCAUGGUGCUGUACCUCAUCGAGCUGGGCCUGGACAACCAGGACCAGGAGCACAAGGAGGAGGAGGAGCCCUGCAUCGAGGAGCACUGCCACGACAGCUGGUUCCCGGGCACCAGCCUCCUGUCCAACCUGCACCACGUCAUCAACUUCGUCAGGGUCCGGGUCCCCGAGACCGCCUCCGAGGUCAAGAGGGAGCCCCCGCCCAGUACGAGUACCGAGGCGACCUCCUUUGGUCCGAACCUCCGCGAGGCGCAGGUCUUCAGCCUGGUGGCCGAGCGCCGCAGGAAGUUCCAGGAGAUCAUCAACCGCAGCAGCACGGAGGCCAGCGCCCAGGUGGUGCGGCCCAAGAGCUCCUCCACUCGCUGGGUCCCGCCGGGCACGCCGCCCCAGCUGGUGACGGAGAUCCUGGAGGUGCGCGAGAGCAUGCUGUCGCUGCUCAUCAAGCUGCACCAGAAGCUGUCGGCCAAGCAGAACUCGCUGCCCGCCGGUUGGCUGGAGGAGGCGGCGGCGGCCAAGGCGGCGGCGGCGGAGGCGGCGGCGGGGGGGGGGCCCGCGGACGCCGGGCGCCACACCCACGGCGACGGCAUCACCGCCAUCGAGCGCAUCCUGACCAAGGCGGCCGGAUACAGCCGCCACAGCCAGCGCAGCAUCCAGGAGAUCUGUGGGAAGGUGUGCCCCCCCGUGCCCCCCAAGAAGAGCAGCCCCGCAGACAAGAAGACCCUGGAUAAGGAGGAGAGGCGUACGAGGGCCCGGGAACGGCAGCAGAAGCUGCUGGCCGAGUUCGCCUCCAGGCAGAAGAGCUUCAUGGAGACCGCCAUGGACGUCGAAUCCCCAGACGGCGAGGCGGCCAUGGACCUGGGGCUGACGGAGCUGAUGGACUCGGAGGUCCUCUACGACUGUGUCAUCUGCGGCCAGAGCGGCCCGUCCACAGAAGACCGGCCCACCGGCCUGGUGGUGCUGCUACAGGCCUCCUCAGUGUUGGGCCACCGCUGUAAAACGGGCGAGGCCAAGAAGCUGCCGACGAGCGACGAGGAGCACAUCUACGCGGCGGACACGUGCGGCGUUGCGCACGACCUUCGCCUGUCGCUGAUGCAGCGCUUCUUCAGAGAGAGCUCGUGUCUGCAGUCGGUCUCCAUCGGCUGGGACGGGGGCGUCUACGUCCAGACCUGCGGCCACACGCUGCACAUCGACUGCCACAAGUCCUACAUGGAGUCCCUCCGGAACGACCAGGUCCUGCAGGGCUUCUCCGUGGACAAGGGGGAGUUCACCUGCCCGCUGUGCCGGCAGUUUGCCAACAGCGUGAUCCCCUGCCGCCCGGGGCCGGGCCUGGAGGCCGGGGCCUGGCACUGCCCCAGCAACAAGAAGCCCUCGGUCCUGGUGAAGGAGGUGGAGGACCUGCAGGGGCUGAUGGCCCCCUUCCCGACGGUGUCGAACCUGAGCAAAGAGAUGGAGCUGGUCAUCAAGGACAUCAAGAACACCACCCAGAAGAAGUACAUGGACUACGGCAAGAACCCGGGCUCCCCUGACAACGACUUCCUCUUCAUGUACUCCGUGGCCAGGACCAACCUGGAGCUGGAGCUGGUUCACCGCGGCGGCCAUCUUUGUUCUGGAGGGGCUAGUGGGGCCGCCAAGCGCUCCUGUCUCAACCAGCUGUUCCAGGUGUUGGCCACACACAUGCGUCUGUACAGCAUCGACUCUGCCUACAACCCCUGGACCCGACUCACUCAGGUCACCAAGAGCCAGCUAGAAGAAGGUCCGGAGGACGACCGGCGGGAGGUGGCCAUGCUGUUCAGAGACGUGCCGUCGCUGCUCAUCAUCUUCGUGCUGACCAUGCCGCAGCCCCUGAGAAAAGAACACUUCACCUGCGUGGUGAAGAUGCUGUACAACCUGCAGUUCGUCCAGGCCCUGGCCGCGCUCUCCGCCCAGUUCAGCCCGGAGGAGCGGCAGGCCUGGAGCACGUCUGGAACCCCCAAGAAGAGCGCGGCAAACGGAGAGAAGUGUUUCGAAGCCCUGCUCAGUCACGUCAUCGGCGAGCUGUCCAGCGACGAGACGAUCUACCGGCUGAAUGCGGCGGAGCCCACCGUGCUGAGCUCCAGCGUGUGGUCUCCCCAGUCCAUCGAGUUCAGCCUACGUCAGUUCUGCCUGCCCUACCUCCGCAUCGCUAGCCUGCUGCAGCACCACCUCUACGGGGACGUCCUCACCGAGUGCCUGCAGGAGGACGAGUUCUGGACGCUGGUCGUGGGUCUGGGGCUGCUGGCCCCCGGGCCCCAGACCCCCAGCUCCAGCCCCAUCCCCAGUGCCUCGUGUCUGGAGUGGCCGGGGGUCAGUGCCUUCCAGCUGGUGACCCAGUGGUGUGAGGAGAUGAAGGGGCUCCCCGAGACGCAGGCUGAGCACACCCUGGAACUGGUGCCGUUCCGCUCCCCCCAGACCCUCCUGGUGCAGGACCCCCAGUGGGGAGCGCCGAGGCUCCUCCAGCUCCCCGACAACUACAACAUCCUCUUCCAGUACUACCACCGCAAGGCGUGCUCCGCCUGCCAGAAGGUGCCCAAGGACCCGGCGCUCUGCCUGGUCUGCGGCACCUUCGUCUGCCUCAAGGGGCCAUGCUGCAAGCAGCAGGGCACCUGUGAAUGUGUUCUGCACUCCCAACACUGUGGCGCGGCGACCGGCAUCUUCCUCCUGAUCAACGCCUCCGUCAUCAUCAUCAUCCGGGGCCACCGCUUCUGCCUGUGGGGCUCGGUGUACCUGGAUGCCCACGGGGAGGAGGACCGAGACUUGCGCCGGGGCAAGCCCCUGUUCCUGUGUGCCGAGAGGUACCGGGUGCUGGAGCAGCAGUGGGUCUCACACACCUUCGACCACAUCAACAAGCGCUGGGGUCCGCACUACAACGGACUCUAAGACCACCCCCCCCCCCCCCCUACCCCCCCACUACCACCACCACCUACGCUCUCUACCCUCCCUCCAACCCCCUCACACCACCGGGUCCACCAACCAAUCACGGACCCCCCCCUGAUGAAGGACAGUUCCGCCGCAGUUGAAAUAUUUGGGUAUCUUUAUGACGUGAUAAACACUAAACAUGCAGAGUGGCAGCCUUGGUUUAUGUGAAGCUACAUGUACAAUCAUGCCUCAAGACUAACAAGUGUGUGCGCGCGUGCGUGUGUGUGUGUGUGUGUUUGCGUGCGCGUGUUUAAGUGAUUUUCCGUGUGGUUUUAAAAUGGGGGAGACUCAGAGGGACGGCGAGUUUAAAGUGAGAGCACCACUUGGCCCAGAAAGACGGUAUUGGUUUAGGAAGAGGCUUUUAAAGCCUGUAGUACGAUAUCUUCCCCACCCCCCCCUCCCCUGCAAAAACAUCCAAAAAAUAAACUGAUCAACCCUCCCUGUAAAGUAAGAUUAUUUAGUAAUUAUUGACUGACGCAUAUCACCCCGGUUCUCUCUAAUCUGAUUUCUCCUACGCCGGGCUGGCGAGGGUUUGCAUUGUGGCGCUAUGCCACAGUGUGCGCUUGUUGUGUUGGUCUGGAGGUAACGGACACGAGACACCUGUCUGACACCAGAGUCCACGCCGUCGAGUGAGGCUCCGUCGAUGGGGGGGCCGUUUGAAAUCCAUCCUCAGGAAUUAGUUACUUUUUAUUUUUUGGUUGUUGACAUUUUUCUUUGCUGGUUAAAAUGACUACGUUUGAGAUAUUUAAAUAAAUGCUGCUGCUCAUCAUCUCAUUUGACCUUUUUUUUUUUUUUGGUGUAUUGAAUAUUUUCUUAGCUGCGUUUUCGUAUGAGUUUAUAUAUCGGACGGGGAUGCUGACUCCAGUCCACUUUAAUAUUUACGAAGGCAUCGCGGUCUUUAUUUUCUUUUUUUCUUACAUCAUUAAUUUCCAUCCUCUGUCCUGACAACCAGUGACGGUGACUUUGAGCGUGUUGUCAUGGCAAUGACGGGUCAGGAUGAACAAUUCCCCCCCUCCCCCUAAACAUAAUCGUCCCAUAUCAAGGUACAGAAAUAUUUUGUUUUUAAGGCAGUAAAAUUGUUAUUGGUUAUUUUGGGUUCACGGAUGAUCUUCAAACCGAAGCCCGUUGUUGAACCCUGAUACCUUAGGGGUUAACGUUGGUUCUCAUUUCAGUCAACGGGAUCAGAAGGUUAAGACGAUGAGUUGUUAAUUAGUUUAAUUAGGCCCAGGCUGCAGCUACCAACAGCUCUCUGUCACUAGAUGGAAAAAAGCAAAGUCUAAAUAAUUUUACCACUGAUCCUCCUUUAAUUUGCACUAUUCAGAAGAUUAUUUCACCUCUUUUCAAGUUUAACAUGUAUCCAACCAAUCCUUUGUUUAAACUCCUUCAGAUCCACAAACUUCGGCUUCUCCAUCUCGCUCUGCUCAGUGUCGUGACAAACCAAACCUUAAUUAAUAACGCUUCAUAUCCGAAACGCCGUAACGCCGUCUUUUUCUUUUCCAUCAGGGAGGAUACAUAUCCAGUUGUGUCGUAAUAUAAAUGCCCCCACUUUAGGGUCCCCACAGCCCCCUGAUGCCCCAGCGAUGGCCCCCAAACUCUCUGACCGCCGGUCCACGUGGUCGACCGCCUAGCAACACGAGGAAGACGUUGAUGACAAUUCAACUGGUUCCUCCUCCCCCCUUAAUUUCAUGCAUGCUGCUUAUUUGUCCCCCUACACUCUUAUUUUGAAGUAGGCCCCCCCACUUUGUACGUGUACACGACCGCUAUAGAGGAGUAAAAUGGGUGUCAAAUUCAAACUGAAGGCUUGUGUGUGUGUUCUCCUGUGUGAAUGAAGAGAGAAUACAGUACAUUACUGUAGGUGCUGACUCAAACUAUCUGAGUUUGUUCAAAAAGUGUGACUUGGACAUUUAAUGCAAAAUGUAACAUAUGUGAAUAAAAUAUACACACACUUAA